ACAAACCCAGUAAUCGUGAGAUAGUACCAGGGUGUAAGAGGGACAACACGUGUUAUCAGCUGCACCAGGUUUUUGGGGUGUUUCAGUCCAGUUUUGAGGCAGAUUGCGACAGACACGCAGAACCAUGUGCGGAUUUUUAUCUCUCCUUAGUGCGGUAUAUUUUACUGUCUUAUUAAGUAAAUCUGCAGGAUUUACAGACCACAUUCAGGAAGAUUUUCUCCAGGAUCUUGUGCAGAUUUACGGGCAAAACGGAUUAUUGGAUCAAAACGGAAUUCACACUUUAGUGCAAAACAUUGCUCAGAAGAAACCGGCUGAGUCGAAGACGCUUAGUACGCAUGCGCAGUGUAUGUCUGCAGUGGAGAUCCUCACGCUCUAUAGGUUCAAUAACCUGACACACCUGGGCACAGACCACCUGAGGACCAUCUGCCCUACCCUCCUAAACCAGGCGCUGCUGCCCAACUGUUCUUUGACAGCUUUCGAGCCUAAAACACACAUAGCGGAUCACGUCUGGGGAUAUGGUUUCCUUUCUGUUACCAUCAUUAAUCUGUCCUCCCUCCUGGGGCUGGUCCUCAUCCCGUUCACAAAGAAGGCCUAUUUCCCAAAAGUGCUCACCUACUUCAUAGGCCUGGCUAUCGGGACCCUGUUCUCCAACGCUGUGCUGCAGCUCAUCCCUGAGGCUCUGGGGUUUGACCCGAAAGCAGAUAACUACAUCCUGAAAGCUAUCGGGAUCUUCGGUGGAUUCUACCUGCUCUUCUUUACAGAGAAGCUGUUGAAGAUGGUCCUGAAGACAGACCAUGAGCACGACCACGGUCAUUUCAGUCAGCAGAAUGGAGGGACUGUCAUCACCACCACCGUCUUCGCCACUGCAAACAAUGACAAGACCAACAAGACCAUGAGUUUAGAAAUGCCAGUAGAGCAGACGCCGGUGUCCCGAGGCUGCUGCACACGUCUGGCCGGCGUGAAGACCGUGGCGUGGAUGGUCACGCUGAGCGACGCCCUUCACAACUUCAUCGACGGCCUGGCCAUCGGGGCCUCCUUCACCGUCUCCGUCCUCGCCGGCUUCAGCACCUCCAUCGCCAUCGUGUGCGAGGAGUUUCCUCACGAGCUCGGUGAUUUUGUCAUCCUGUUGAAUUCAGGGAUGAGCAUCAGGCAGGCUGCGCUCUUCAACCUGCUCUCAGCCAUGUCCUGCUACAUGGGCCUGGUGCUGGGAAUCCUGCUGGGCAGCAGCUUCGCGCCCAACGUCAUUUUUGCCUUCGCUGGCGGGAUGUUCCUCUAUAUUUCUCUGGCUGAUAUGUUCCCAGAAAUGAACAGCAUUGCUAAGGAGCAUCGGCAGAGCAUGAAGACAGACCUGGUGUUCUUCAUCAUCCAGAACGCCGGGCUUCUCACCGGAUUCUCCAUCAUCCUCCUCAUCACCAUGUUCGCCGGAGAAAUAAACCUGGUCUGAGCCGGUCUGCACUUCCUCUCCCCCUGCACCAGCGUGCCUUAAUCCAGGCGGUAGACAAGCACGUUAAUAAGAAGAAACUCCUCGACUGAUCCUGAACUAACACGAUAGAUGGACUGCCAACAGAUUCCACAAUUUUGUACUAUAACAUUUGUAUUGAAGAUGUUUAUCGUCCAUAAACGUCCAGAAUAAUCGCUGUUGUAUGUGAGACGCUCGUUCUGUUCAUAGUAGAUUUGUUGUCUAAACACUUUUGAUUAAAUUCUUGUCAUUUUAAACAUCCAAA